UAUUUUAGUGAUUUAUAAAAUUUGGUGCAUUAUUGUAAAUAAAUAUGCUUGAAAAACAUGUUUCAAUAAGAAAUUUAUAUAGCAAGUGAUAUAUUCCUGUUUAAAAGACAUUUGACUAAUAAGCAAUGGGUGAUAGCAGUGAUUCGGAGGAGUUUUACGAUGCUGAGGAAUUUACACCUGUAAAGGGAUCCAAAAGAUCCUCCCUGUGUAAAAAUAUAAACUUGUCGGACAUAGCAAAUGCGGAGAAAGAGAAAGCAGUGGCUAAUAAAGAUGAACCCAUAGCAGCCAACACCAGUCAGCCCUCGGAGACUUCUGAAGAGCAAGAUGACAGAACUACCAUCAAGAGUGUUGUGCAAGGUCGUAAGAGGUUCCAAGAGCUGCGGAGAUGUAUGCAGACGGAGGAGGAGGACGAUGCUGACCCGGCAGCUUUAAUGUCUGCUCCGAUGGAACAUCCCUUCAAAAUAAUAUCUCACGACGCGAUGAGCUUACAGAGUAUGACGUCUUUGGGCAGAAUAGGGAAGAUACUGAGCGGCGUAACGGAAUCACACCCGAACAUUCGGGACUGUAUUCCACCGCCGUCCGCGUCCUCUCGGGAGCCGUCCACAGCCUCUGAAGAUCCUAUCCCCGUUGAUAGAACUCCCACAGUGCUAGCGAUGGCGGAGCCCGACGUGAUAGCGAGUACGAAGGCCAACAGCCUCAAACAGAACCGCAGCUCGUCGGCCGUAGUGGCGGUGUGCGGCGCGAGCGGCGCCCCGCCCCGCCCCGCCAGCGCCGCCGGCCCCGUAGCCCCGCCCAGGCGGAAGAAGAGAAAUAAGCUACACGGGUCGCAGUCGCUGUCCGCGGCGGAGGACAACGUGAGCGUGUGCACCACGGACACGGACGAGCUGUACCGCCCACACGUGCCGCACGCGCGUUUGGAGUCGCUGCACGUGCAGCCGCCGCUGAACAGUUCCGCUCAGUGCAUGCUGCCGAGCCCAGCGAGCACCAUCGAGUCACUCACCAAGGAGUUCCAGGACUCGCUCGAGCUAUCACACUCUAAAUAUGCUGCGGAUAUGGAGGCGAGCGCACGCUGGGAGCGACACUACGACGAGCCCGAUUCCGCACGAGGGGAGUAUACGCCGCGUACGAGCGAGGAGGCGGGGCGCGGCGGCGCGCGCACGCACAGCGAGACCCGACCCGUACCCCCACAACACAAUGACAGCAGCAGCCGCAGCAGCACGGGCGGGGGUCGCGCGCGGCGGCGCUCGGCCGGCGACUCGCCCGCGCGCGCGCCGCUCUCCGACUCCGACAUACUCACGCGCGUCACCGUGCUCAACCUCGACACCGGAGAGCGCAUGCCACUAAGUGAGGCUGAACACAAACUACCGCAGUGCAUCAACCCGCUCAGCCUGCACAUCAUGCGCCUCACGUCAGAGUACCACGGCCGCGCGCCAGACGAUCACACCAGGGAGACAGAUGAGGAAAGCGAGAGUGUUUGCGCGGGAGGCGCCGACGACGAGACGAAGGACAGCAAGCGCGAGCCCGACAAGCAUACUACUACCAUCCGAAAACGGACUGAAAAUUUGAAGCGCGCGGAACUAGUGAAGUGUCACUCGCAAGACAACAUCAACAUCAGGCUAAAGCGGUUCUUCGGCAGUACGGUCAAGCGUACCGUGGACGCGGCGCUGUCUCUCGCGCAGGAGGUGUCUGCGGCUCGGCAUAAGGAGGACGUCGGCGAUAUCCCCGACCUGGUGCACGGGGAACACAACAUCAAGCUGAAGGCGUCCAACUCGCACCGCGGACCUUACGACUUCGAUGGGAUUAAACAUGUGCAGGAGAUGGGGUCCGGUCACACGGGCGCGGUGUGGUGCUGCAAGUUCAGCGGGUGCGGGCGGCUGCUGGCCACCGCCGGCCAGGACCGCCUGCUGCGCGUCUGGGUCACGCGCGACAGCCACCACAUGUUCCAGGAGAUGCGCACGAAGUAUAACAAAGAGAAGAAGGCGUCGCCGUCGCCGAGCACGGAGUCCCUGCGCGGCAGCCCCGAGCCCCCCGGCGCCCCGCCGCCCCCCGCCGCGCCCUUCUGCCCGCAGCCCUUCGCCGUGUACGCCGGCCACACCUCCGACCUGCUCGACGUCUCCUGGUCCAAGAACUACUUCCUGCUGUCCUCGUCCAUGGACAAGACGGUCCGCCUGUGGCACAUCUGCCGUGGCGAGUGCCUCUGCUGCUUCCAGCACAUCGACUUCGUGACCGCCAUCGUGUUCCACCCGCGCGACGACCGCUACUUCCUGUCCGGCUCGCUGGACGGCAAGCUGCGCCUGUGGGACAUCCCCGACAAGAAGGUCGCCGUCUGGAACGAGGUCGACGGCAAGACGAAGCUCAUCACCGCCGCCAACUUCUGCCAGAACGGCAAGUUCGCCGUCGUCGGCACCUACGACGGCCGCUGCAUCUUCUACACGACCGACCAGCUCAAGUACCACACGCAGAUCGACGUGCGCUCCACGCGCGGGAAGAAUUCCACCGGCCGGAAGAUCUCCGGCAUCGAGCCGAUGCCGACCGACGACAAGAUCCUCGUGACAUCCAACGACAGCCGCAUCCGGCUGUAUGACCUACGCGACCUGGCGCUGUCGUGCAAGUACCGCGGGUACGUGAACGCGUCGAGCCAGAUCAAGGCGUCUUUCUCGCACGACGGCAAGUACAUAGUGAGCGGGUCGGAGAACCAGUGCAUCUACGUGUGGAAGACGUGCCACGACUACGGCAAGUUCGCGUCGGUGCGCCGCGACCGCAACGACUUCUGGGAGGGGAUCCGCGCGCACGGGGCGGUGGUGACGUGUGCGGUGUUCGCGCCGGCGCCCGACCGCUACAUCCGCGCCGCCGACGAGCGCGAGCGCGCCGAGCGCGGGGACCCUCCCCCCGACGAACACGACGACCAGGAGGACCUGAAGGCGGCGGAGGGCGGGCUGGUGUCGCGCUCGCAGACCGGCCACGUGCUCGUCAGCGCGGACUUCAACGGCUGCAUCAAGGUGUUCGUUCACAAGGCCAAGCCCAAACACUCCUCGCUGCCCGCCUCCGCGCUCGCCUGAACGCUGUGACGUCAUGUGACCGUCGCGAAUAGCCGCGUACUGAUUGAGCGAGCAGCCUCGCGAGGCAAAUCCUCGGUCGGUCAAGAACGCACGCGCUGCCUCGCCCGAGCGUGCCGCGGCCCGAGCCGAGCGUUGUCGGUUGUUCGGGAUACGUUUGCCGCGCUCAAUCAAGACGGUAGUUAUUUGCCUCGCUUAUUCGUUGCCUCUUAGUUGUGCGUUUCGAGUUAAGUCGUCAGUCGUCAUUCAAGCUAACGAGCUCGUUGUGACGUCACGCUUAGCCGCUUGACGUUCGCUAAAACCUUGUGACGUCAUCCAAAUCUAACACGUUAGACCCGAAUCACACCGAAAUGGCAGCAUUUUCAGUGUCAUAUGAUUUUAAACUU